CCUUGCUAUUAAAGAAAAUCAGGAGCAGAAAAGUUGCCCAAGACGAAUCCCGAAGCGCAACCCCAAACCACGGCGAGGAGGGCCUACUUYGAGCUGGUGUCACCGAGCGCCGCGAAGCCGAGACAGCUGUAAUUAACAUAGUGCAAGCUGAAGCCUUCCCUGAAGAGACCGCGAUGCCAAACUGCACCGAACAGCCAGCCACCAUCAAUCGRAGCACCUCGAGAGCCAAGAAGGAGUCCCUCAAGAGGUCAAAACUCUGCGACCUAGACCCCUUCAAGGAUGAAGAUGGUACCCUUCGCGUCGGCGGAAGAUUGAGACGCUCGUCAUUACCCCUGGCAGAAAAGCAUCCAGUCAUCCUGCCUAAAGAUCACCACAUCUCGGAGCUGAUAAUCCGACAUUAUCACCAUAAAGUCCAUCAYCAAGGCAGGAGCAUCACCCAUGGAGCUGUGAGGCAAGCAGGAUAUUGGAUAAUUUCCGGCCACAGCGCAGUUACCAAGGUCUUGGAGAAGUGCGUAACCUGCAAAAGAGCACGAGGCAGACUACUGGCACAGAAGAUGUCCGACCUACCAGAAGAUCGUGUGGAACCAGCUCCUCCUUUCACCAACGUUGGUAUAGACGUAUUCGGGCCAUGGCUGAUAACUACUCGCAAGCUUCGAGGUGGCGCCGCAAACUCAAAGCGGUGGGGUCUACUAUUCACGUGCCUCAGUUCCCGUGCGAUCCACAUCGAACUGCUGGAGACGAUGGACGCCAGCUCCUUCAUUUGUGCCCUUCGGAGAUUCACAGCAAUAAGAGGGCCUGUUGCAAGAAUCCGCUGUGACAGAGGAUCCAACUUCGUCGGCGGAAAGUCGGAACUGUCAGAUUCCCUAUCUGAACCUGAUGUCAGGAAGAUCCAAGAGCACGCAUUGGAUCAAGGGUGUGAAUGGGUCUUCAACCCACCACAUGCGUCGCACUUUGGUGGGGUUUGGGAACGGCAAAUCCGCACCAUCCGCAGUGUUCUCAAUGGAAUGUUAGCACAGAUCGGGAGCUCUCAGCUCACAMAUGAGCUCCUAUCAACCCUCAUGGCGGAAGUGACGUCUAUCGUCAAUUCCCGUCCUAUUACAGCCAUACCAACAGAAGCAGAUCAGCCCCAACCCCUCACCCCAUCAAUGCUAUUGACGGCGAAGGAGCGACCCCUCAAGCCACCGCCCGGGGACUUCACUCAAGAAGAUCUGUAUUCCAGAAGACGUUGGAGAAGAAGCCAGUACUUGGCCGACCAAUUCUGGACCASAUGGCGCAAGGAGUACUUGCAGAAUCUCCAGCGUCGAACCAAGUGGCAAGCCCUCAAGCCAAACCUGGAGGUUGAUGACCUAGUGAUCAUUAAGAGUGAGGACAGCCGUAGGAACCACUGGCCACUUGGAAGGGUGACGAAGGCCAUCGAGAGUGCUGAUGGCCAAGUCCGAAAAGCUGAGGUACGCCGACCUGAUGGAAAGAUGAUGCUGAGACCAAUCUGUGAACUGGUCUUCCUGAUGUCUACCAAGCAGGACUGA